GGAAUUUCCGCUUCCUCCCCCCGCCCCCCUCUCCUUGAAGAGUGGAGCGGGUGCGUGUGUCCGCCGGGGAGCAGGACUUGCCUUGUCAUUGUAUCAGGGAGGAACGCGUGGUCAGCGGCGGCACACCACCGAGAGCCUCACUGCAGCAACUGGUACAUGGUGGUGUAUAGAGGGAGACUGUAAGCCAGACAUGGAUACUGAAAAGAGCGGUGAGGUUUUGGACGUGUCACCGACUCCACAGCAAGAGGAGACUGUCAUGGAAAAAGAGGUUGUGUCCAAACUGGACACACCAGACGAGUCCACGGAGCCUGAGAAGCCACCAGCUGCCGCCGAAGAGUCCGAGCAGCUGGCGGUGAACGGUCACGAUACAGAAGUCGUAAACUUGAUGGAAACAGAGGAGUUGAUUGUGACGGCGACUGUGACAAUAUCUGAGGUGGAGGAGGAGGAGAAGAAGACAGACGGUGGCAAAUCUGACCCGGAGCGGCUGCCCAAUGCGGAGGCCACACCAGAACCAGAUGAGUCAUCUGAAAAGAUUUCUGACCCAGUGUCAGCUUUAGACGCAGAACCAGAAACCGCCGAGCCAGAAACCGUCGAGCCAGAACAGCAGCCUGUGGCAGAGAAUGACCCAGAACCUUUGCCUGUGCAAACGCCUCUGGCAGAGAGCGCCCCUGAACCAGAGCCAGAGAAAUUGGCAGAAACGGUUCCAGAAUCGGUUCCAGAAGCUGAAGAGCAAACAUUACCUGAACCAGUCACGCUGCACCAGCCACUAGAUACACAACCACCCGGCCAAGAAGAGAAGGUUACAGAACAAGUGGAGACUAAAGCAGAGCUGCAGACUGCUAUGGACACUGUGGCUGAAGAAACGGUCAAAGAGGCGGAGGCAGAAAACAAAGUCACAGCUGAGCCUCCGAACGAGGAGCAAGAGGAAAAACCAGCAGAUAUUGAGAAGGCAGUAGAGAUGGUUUCAGUAACUGAAGUCUCUUCAGCAAAGCCCACAGAAGCUGUGGCAUUGAAGGAGGAAAUUUCAGCCGAGGUUGAAAAUGUGAAAUCUGCGGAGGUCAAGAAGGAAGAAGCCGAACCUGAAAAAGCAGGCGAGUCUGACACUCUGAAGGGAGUGGAGGCAGCAGCAGUAGUCGUAACAGCAGCAGAAGUUGUUGACUCUGAGCAGAAUAACGCUGAGCUUGAAAAGGAAGAAGAUGUCGUGCCUGCGUCGGGCUCCCUGUCUUUCGCCCUCCUCGAGCGAGAGCAGACCAAAGACACCCUGCGCAGCUCUCGGACCCUCGUCGUCCUCCGAGGCCUGCCGGGCAGCGGUAAGAGUUUCUUGGCGCGCGCCAUAGCCGAUGCCUACAAAGACCACUGCUCUGUCAUCUGCGCCGACGACCACGGCGUGAAGCCAGAGAAUCCAGAAACGCAUGCGGCUGGACACAAGGCUCUGGACGAGGCUGUGGUGAGCUGCUGCAGCGCGGGAACAACUUCCCCCGUGCUGAUAGUGGUGGAUGACACCAACCACAGCCAGGAUCGACUGGCCCGCCUGGGGGAGAUCGCCGAGGAACACCAUCUUGUUGCCCUCUUCCUGGAGCCGCAAACGGCGUGGAGCAGAGAUUCAGCACAGCUGAGCAAGAAGACCAAGCGAGGACUAGAGGAGGCCCAACUGGAAGCCAUGAAAGGUCCACUUGAGGAAAUGCACAUUCCCCUUUUCUUCGGCUGGUUCCUCCACUCUUCCGUCCAGCACAAGGUCAAGUGCACAUCGAUGGACUUCCUUAAAACACUGGACACCUUGGAGGCCUUCAAGAAACACAUGGUGGACUUCGCUGGUAAAGUUGAGAAGGAGGUGGAUCUGGAGCAGUACUUCAAAGCCCAACCAAAACUCCACUGCACGACCAAAUUCUGCGACUAUGGAAAAGCAGAGGGCUCCAAAGAGUACGCACAGAAGCCAGCUGUUAAAGAAUUCUAUGGUUCCACAUUUGAGCUGUCACUGAGUGCUCUCUUUGUCACUCCACGCACGGUCGGUGCCAGAGUGUCCCUCACCGAGGAGCAGCUCCUGCUGUGGCCAGAUGAUGCCGAAAAGGAGGCGGAGCCUACCGUCCCCGCGGCCGCCUCCCUGCCUCUGGGAAGCCGCGCCCACGUCACCCUGGGGUGCGCAGAGGGCAUCGAGCCAGUUCAGACGGGCCUGGAUCUGCUCGAGAUCCUGGCCCUGCAGAAGGAGGGCCAGAAGGGCGAGCUGGUCGAGGAGAUGGAGCUCGGCUCACUCACCUACUACGGCGAGGGGAGGUGGCUGCUCGCCCUCAGGGAGCCCAUCUGCGCCCCGGUCUGCUUCUCCAGCCACUACUCGCGCAAGGAGUCGGAGCAGCCCAAAAAGGAACCCGAGAAGAAGAAGAAGCAAAAGUGCACCAUACUGUAAACGGCAAUCACUGGGGGGAUGUGUGGCAGAGGGGGGGGGUGACUGGUGAAUUUAAAAACGUAGGCUUACUCUGUGCGAGCUUUGUGUGUAUGUGCAGCAUUUAGGGAUUCAGUAAUAGCCACCCUAAAACUACAAGCUGUGUGCCUUUACUAUUGAUUUGCACCACAACCCAAGAUGCCUUCCGUUUAGUUUGGCUUGUUGUCGUCGCCAGCGUUCAGUGUCUAGUUUCACAUAUCGGUGCCAGAGUUGCAGUUCCUGGCUUUCGGCUGAGGUGUUGUUAGCUUCAGUUUUUUUGCUAGUAUAUAUAUAUAUAUAUACCCUCCUCACACAGCUCCAGUUUUUCUAAAAUCUCUAGCUUUCCUCUUCUAUACUUCGUCAGUGUUCCACAAUAUUCAGAUGAGAAUGAUUGAACUAGGUACUUUCAUUGCAUGCAUUCCACAUUAACAGUAGCAACAUAUUAACACAAGAGUCUGAGUAGCUCUGCCUCUCUGACACAAUUGUCUGGUGAUUCCUUUGGCUUCGUUGGAAGAUAUGAAAUAAGCCGUCAUUUCCAUGAGUGUGUGUGUAAUUGUUACAAUAGUUAUCCAUUUGAGUAGGUGUAUUAGAGUGAUGUCAUUUAUAGAGGAUUCUUCCUUGUAAAAUCUUUGCACUGUGCAUAGUUUAAAAGGGAGUAUGCUGAUGGCAUCUUGUUUCAGCAGCUUAGUACUUAUCAAAUGCUGUGAAAAACUCAAGUUCAUGUUUUGCAAUAUUUUCUACUCCGCAAGGCUGCACCAUUGAUCCCUUUUAUCCUCUCGGAACAGCACUUCAUGUCUUGCAUUUCAAACUCGUGUCCUCUGUGACUGUAAUUUUUGAAGGGGCGACGCCUACUUUGUGUAGCUCUUACGAAUCACUAUUUUUGCACUUGUUUUGUAAACUUAAUUAAAAGAAAAAAGAACAUGCUUUGCUCCAGUAUUUCACGAAA